CGGCAUUUCCGUCCCUUCCCCCACAUCCGCUGGCUCACUUGUAAACUCUGUUUAAGGACACGCGAACGACUCCGCCUGUUCUCAUUUGCUACGUUUCAACCUUUUCUAAGUUCCCCGACAUGCCGUAGACGUCGUUCGGGUUGCCGAUCGGACCUCCCGAGGGGCGCGCACGUCCAUGACGCGGCCGGAUUGCAUCCCGUUGCAAAAGCUACCGCGGCGGGGGGGGAACUAAUGAUAUUGUCGGUUGCUUUCCCGCAUCUUGCGCUGAGCACAGAUACGGACACUCGCAUUUUUUUCAAAUAGUUGCUUCAUCCCGCGUGUUUAUCGGAUCGGGUACAUCUAUCCACCCAAGCGCGCAACAAACAAUGAGUGAUCAGGCGAGCGCCGGAGAGGGCAUCCACCUUAUUGUCAUUGGCGCCGGACUCGCGGGGCUGAGCGCCGCCCUGUCGACCAAGCUGGCCAACCCGGCGCACCGGGUGACGGUGUUGGAGGCGGCCAAGGAGCUGCAGGAGAUUGGCGCCGGCCUGCAAAUCACCCCCAACGGCACCCGCUUGCUCGCAGCCUGGUCGCUCUUCCCGCGGCUCGCCCCGCGCGCCGCCGAGCCGCGCUCACUCUCGGUGCGGCGCUACGACGGCACCCGGCUGCUCGCGCACGAGCCCGCGCUGCAGGACAGCGUUCGCGCCCGCUACGGCGGCUACCCCUUCUGGGACCUGCACCGCGUCGACCUGCAGCAGGCCAUGGUCGCGCGCUGCGCCGAGCUCGGCGUCGAGAUCCGCCUGGGCUCGCCCGCGGUGCGGGUCGACUUUGCCGAGGCUCGGGUCCACGUCCUCGGCGACAACGGCGGCGACAACGGCGGCGCCGGAGCCGUCGUCGAGGGGGACGUCGUCCUGCUCGCCGACGGCCUGUGGAGCCGCAUCCGCGGCCAGUUCCUCGGCCGGCCGAGCCCGGCCCUCCCGACCGGCGACCUGGCCUACCGCAUCACCAUCCGGGCCGACGAGCUGGAGGGUGAGGACGCGGAGGAGCUGCGGGCCUUCAUCCGGGACGCGGCGGUCAACUUCUGGAUCGGCCCCCGGUCGCACUGCGUCGGCUACUCGGUCAGCGCCGGCGAGGUCUACAACCUCGUCCUGCUGUGCCCGGACGACCUGCCCGGCGGCGUGGUCAAGCGGGAAGGGGACAAGGACGAGAUGCGGGCCCGGUUCUCCGGCUGGGACCCGCUGCUGGGCAGGCUCCUGAAGCAGGUCCGGGGUGUGGUGCACAAAUGGAGGCUGAUGUGGCUCGACGCGCUGCCCGAGUGGGCCAACGAGGAGGGCACCUUCUUCAUGGCCGGCGACUGCUGCCACCCGAUGCUGCCCUAUCUGGCGCAGGGGGCCAACUCGAGCCUGGAGGACGGUGCCGUGUUCGGGUCGCUGCUGGGGAGGGUCAAGAAGAGCGAGAUGGCGAGGCAGCUGCCCCGCGUCUCGGCCCUGUAUCAGAGGCUGAGGAUCGAGAGGAGCCGCAAGAUCCAGAUCGAGACCUUCAAGCAGAGGGACGACUCCCACAUGGAGGACGGAGAGGCUCAGGAGAGGAGGGAUGCCCUGAUGCUGAGCAUGCUGGGCAAGGAGGUCAAGGCACCCUUCCCGAGCAGGUGGACGUGUCCGGAGAUUCAGGCGUUCCUGUACGGAUACGACGCAUACGCCGAGGCGGAGAAGGCUUAUCAGGAAAAUCCCUUCUGACACUGGAUUGGUUAAUUACAUUUUGUUGUUCGCAUGUCGUUGUCGUAUUAAUUGUACGUACAGUACAUACAGACAAGUCCUCGGCCUGUCUUGCAAUGGCCAACCCUGAUCUGGCUCAAGAAUGUGCAUCAACCCAACAAGGAUAUGAUCCAAU